AUGAAGAGGAGGAUAUUACAGUGAAAGGAGAGAAAGAAGCUCUGGCGCUGAACAUUGUCGUGAAAGACGAAGAGGAGGAUAUUACAGUGAAAGGAGAGAAAGAAGCUCUGGCGCUGAACAUUGUCGUGAAAGACGAAGAGGAGGAGGAUAUUACAGUGAAAGGAGAGAAAUAACCUUUCAGAAUGAAAAAGGAGGAAGAGGAGGCUGUUAUAGGGAAAGAAGAGAAAGCAUCCUCUUCCUCUCUAAAAGGUUCUAUCUCAGUAAAGGUGAAGGAGGAAGACGUUUUGGGAGUGAAAGAGGAGGAGACAGAAUAUCAGAUUAACACCAGAGAGAGACAUGACUAUCAUGGAUCCUCUGGGGAGCCUCAACAACAUCCUGAUGCUGACGAGACAGAGAAGAGUCUCUCCAGAUCAGAACACCAGAUGGACAAUGCUAGCCCUUCCGCCCUCCCGGAGUCCCUGUGUCGUGCCUCUCCCGGUAGCACGUUACUGCUGGGUAUGAAGAGGUUGUCUGUGCUGCUGGUGGACUGCAGGAAAACAACGGGGCUGAGUGGAACUGUGAGAGGAGGAGAAGAGAAGAAAGGAUCAGAUUUGACACAUCAAAUCUUGAAGGAGUUCCCACAUGCUGGGCACAUGUUGGCUACUUUUCCGUCACUCUGCGGUCCAACUCAGCCCAAACCAUCUCAAUUUGGGUUGAGGUCAGGUGAUUGUGAAGGCCAGGUCAUCUGAUGUAGCACUCCAUCACUCUCCUUCUUGGUCAAAUAGCACUUACACAGCCUGGUUGUGGUUGGGUCACUGUCCUGUUGAAAAACAAAUGAUAGUCCCACUAAGCACAAACCAGAUGGGAUGUUGUAUCACUGCAGAAUGCUGUGGUAGCGAUGCUGGUUAAGUGUGACUUGAAUUCUAAAUAAAUCACAAACAGUGUCACCAGCAAAGCACCAUCACUCAUGAAUGCUCAUCAAUGCUUCCCGGUGGGAAACACACAUGUGGAGAUCAUCCGUUCACCUACUCUGCGUCUCACAGACAUGUCGGUUGGAACCGGAAAUCUCAAAUUUGGACUCAUCAGACCAAAGGACAGAUUUCCACCGGUCCAUUGCUCAUGCUUCUUGAUUCACACAGUCUCCUCUGAACAGUUGAUGUUGAGAUGUGUCUCUUAAUUGAACUCUGUAAAUCAUUUAUUUGGGCUGCAAUUUCUGAGGCUGGUAAGUAGUGAAGUGACUGGGUCUUCCUUUCCUGUGGAGGUCCUCAUGAGAGCCAGUUUCAUCAUAGCUUUUGAUGUUUUUUGCGACUGUACUUAAAGAAACUUUCAAUGUUCUUGAAAUAUUCGGUAUUGACUGACCAUGUCUUCAAGUAAUGAUGGACUGUUGUUUCUCUUUGCUUAUUUGAGCCAUUUGGACUUGGUCUUUUACCAAAUAGGGCUGUCUUCUGUAUACCCCUUUAACUUGUCACAAGACAACUGAUUGGCUCAAACGCACUAAGAAGGAAAAACACAAAUUAAUAUUUAAACAAGGCACACCUGUUAAUUGAAAUGCUUUCCAGAUGACUACCUCAUGAAGCUGGUUGAGAGAAUGCCAAGAGUGUGCAAAGCUGUCAUCAAGACAAAGGGUGGCUACUUUGAAGAAUCUCAAAUAUAAAAUAUAUUUUGAUUUGUUUAACACUUUUUUUGUUUACUACAUGAUUCCAUUUGUGUUAUUUCAUAGUUUUGAUGUCUUCACUAUUAUUCUACAAUGUAGAAAAUAGUAAUAAAAAAAUAAAAUAAAGAAAAACCCUUAAAUGAGUAGGUGUGUCCAAACUUUUGACUGGUUCUCUAUACACAGUGGGGAGAACAAGUAUUUGAUACACUGCCAAUUUUGCAGGUUUUCCUACUUACAAAGCAUGUAGAGGUCUGUCAUUUUUUAUCAUAGGUACACUUCAACUGUGAGAGACGGAAUCUAAAACAAAAAUUAAGGAAAUCACAUUGUAUGAUUUUUAAGUAAUUAAUUUGCAUUUUAUUGCAUGACAUAAGUAUUUGAUACAUCAGAAAAGCAGAACUUAAUAUUUGGUACAGAAACCUUUGUUUGCAGGGAUUUUGGCCCACUCCUCCAUACAGACCUUCUCCAGAUCCUUCAGGUUUCAGGGCUGUCGCUGGGCAAUACGGACUUUCAGCUCGCUCCACGAUUUACUAUUGGGUUCAGGUCUGGAGACUGACUAGGUCAGGACCUUGAGAUGCUUCUUACGGAGCCACUCCUUAGUUGCCCUGGCUGUGUGUUUCGGGUCGUUGUCAUGCUGGAAGACCCAGCCACGACCCAACUUCAAUGCUCUUACUGAGGGAAGGAGGUUGUUGGCCAAGAUCUCGAGAUGCAUGGCCCCAUCCAUCCUCCCCUCAAUACGGUGGAGUCGUCCUGUCCUCUUUGCAGAAAAGCAUCUCCAUAGAAUGAUGUUUCCACCUCCAUGCUUCACGGUUGGGAUGGUGUUCUUGGGGUUGUACUCAUCCUUCUUCUUCCUCCAAACACGGCGAGUGGAGUUUAGACCAAAACGCUCUAUUUUUGUCUCAUCAGACCACAUGACCUUCUCCCAAUCCUCCUCUGGAUCAUCCAGAUGGUCAUUGGCAAACUUCAGACGGGCCUGGACAUGCGCUGGCUUGAGCAGGGAGUACCUUGCGUGCGCUGCAGGAUUUUAAUCCAUGACGGCGUAGUGUGUUACUAAAAUGGUUUUCUUUGAGACUGUGGUCCCAGCUCUCUUCAGGUCAUCGACCAGGUCCUGCCGUGUAGUUCUGGGCUGAUCCCUCACCUUCCUCAUGAUCAUUGAUGCCUCACGAGGUGAGAUCUUUCAUGGAGCCCCAGACAGAGGGUGAUUGACCGUCAUCUUGAACUUCUUCCAUUUUCUAAUAAUUGCGCCAACAGUUGUUGCCUUCUCACCAAGCCGCUUGCCUAUUGUCCUGUAGCCCAUCCUAGCCUUGUGCUGGUCUACAAUUUUAUCCCUGAUGUCCUUACACAGCUCUCUGGUCUUGGCCAUUGUGGAGAGGUUGGAGUCUGUUUGAUUGAGUGUGUGGACAGGUGUCUUUUAUACAGGUAACAAGUUCAAACAGGUGCAGUUAAUACAGGUAAUCAGUGGAGAACAGGAGGGCUUCUUAAAGAAAAACUAACAGGUCUGUGAGAGCUGGAAUUCUUACUGGUUGGUAGGUGAUCAAAUACUUUUGUCAUGCAAUAAAAUGCAAAUUAAUUACUUAAAAAUCAUACGAUGUGAUUUUCUGGAUUUUUGUUUUAGAUUCUGUCUCUCACAGUUGAAGUGUACCUAUGAUAAGUGCGUAAGCCCACCCACUUGGGAGCCAGGCCCAGCGAAUCAGAAUGAGUUUUCCCCACAAAAGGGCUUUGUUACAGAGAUAAACACUCCUCAGUUUCAUCAGAUGUCCGGGUGGCUGAUCUCAGACGAUGUGGAGGUCCUUGAUCUGCAGUUGUGAGGCCUGUUGGACGGACUUCCAAAUUCUCUAAAAAGACAUUGGAGGCGGCUGAUGGUAGAGAAUGCAACAUUACAUUCUCUAGUAGCAGCUCCAGUGGAUAUUCCUGCAGUCCCCAAUCCAUUUGCACACUCCCUCAAAACUUGAGACAUCUGUGGCAUUGUGAUGUGUGACAACUGUACAUUUUAGAGUGGCUUUUUAUUGUCCCCAGCACAAGGUACACCUGUGUAAUGUUGUUUAAUCAGCUUCUUGAUAUGCUACACCUGUCACGUGGAUGGAUUAUCUUGGCAAAGCAAUGUAAACAAAUUUACACAAAUUGGAGAUUUCAUUCUAGUCUCUUUUUAUAUAAACACUGUC